ACUUUUUGGUGGUGGAACUGGCGUGCAGCCUGGAAAAUCAUAGAGCUCGAACUACAUAAACAUUAAAAUUAUUUGACUAAAAAUAACUCAAAGUCUGGUCUGGUCAAAAUUAAGAACAUACUUGUGGAUUUAAGGUAGCACUGUUCUUAUGUUGAUUUAAACUGUUUAAGAGUGUGCUAUUUCCAGUAGUGGUGCCAGCGUAUUGUAAAUUGCUCGAGGUGGAUUGGCGAUAAAGCCCAUUCGUUAAGGAUGGCUAAUAACGACGAAGAUGUGGAAGCUAAAGUGGGUAAAGGAAUAAGUUCAGUUCCAAUCCUACCAAAAAUGCUCAGUUUGGAGGAGAAGAAAUAUUUAUUAGCCAUUGAACGGGGCGAUUUACCGCAUGUUCGAAGGAUGCUGCAAAAAGUCCAACGAAAAAAAUUCUUCGACGUGAAUUGCGUGGAUAGUUUAGGACGUGGCGCACUAACUAUUGCAAUUGAUCAGGAAAACCUGGAAUUGGUGGAACUUUUGGUAGUCAUGGGCGUGGAAACUCGAGACGCACUUUUAUAUGCUAUUAGUGUUGAGUUUGUGGAAGCUGUUGAGCUGCUUCUGGAGCAUGAAGAGCUCCUACAUAAGGAAGGAGAGUUAUAUAGCUGGCAAAAAGUGGAUAUAAAUACAGCCACAUUUACGCCGGACAUAACUCCUCUGGUUCUUGCUGCUCAUAGGAACAACUAUGAAAUUUUGAAAAUUCUCUUAGAUAGAGGAGCGACUAUUUCGAUGCCUCAUGAUAUCAAGUGUGGUUGCGAUGACUGCGUUAAUCAAUCAGAAGAGGAUUCACUAAGGCAUUCACUAUCCAGGCUGAAUGAGUACAAAGCUUUGGCCAGUCCUUCAUUAAUAGCGCUCUCGUCCAGCGAUCCGCUUCUCACAGCUUUUCAACUUUCUUGGGAAUUGAGGAAUUUGGCUUUUGCCGAACCGGAAUCCAAGUCCGAAUACAUGGAUUUACGCAAACAGUGCCAACAAUUCGCUGUAGAUUUACUACAGCAAUCUCGAAGUUCCAGUGAACUGGCGAUAAUAUUAAACCACGAUCCGGAUAAUCCUCCAUAUCAGGAGGGCGAACACAUGAAACUGGCACGAUUGGAGCUUGCAAUUCUAUAUAAGCAAAAGAAAUUUGUAGCCCAUCCAAAUAUUCAGCAACUAUUAGCAGCUCUCUGGUAUGAGGGAGUGCCAGGUUUCCGCAGAAAAUCCAGCCCUCAAAAACUAAUGAUUAUUAUGAAAGUCACAUUGUUAUUUCCAUUCUAUUGCCUCCUAUACACAUUUGCGCCGGAAACCAAAUCUGGGAAACUGAUGAGAAAGCCGUUUAUGAAGUUUCUGAUACAUGCUUCGUCUUACUUAUUUUUUUUAUUAUUGCUGAUAUUAGUUUCGCUGCGAGCUGACGAUUUGUUUUUUGAACAUUUUGGCUCUCAGUCAAUGAAAUCCUCUGUGUUGGAACAGUAUCAAAAACAACGGGGAAAUCCACCAUCUAUUCUAGAGUAUGCUGUUUUGAUUUAUGUAUUAGGAUACAUAUUUGAGGAAACGCAUGAAAUCUUUACUGAAGGCAUUCAAAGCUACUUAAGAAAUUUGUGGAACUUUAUAGAUUUUACAAGAAAUCUCUUCUACGCAUUAACUUUCGUCUUGAGAGCUGUAGCUUACCUUCAACAAAUAAAUGAAAUCCAAAAGGAUCCCACAACAGCUUUCCUUCGUAGGGAACAGUGGCACUCAUUUGAUCCUCAACUGAUUGCCGAGGGCUUAUUUGCGGCAGCAAAUAUCUUCAGUGCCUUAAAAUUGGUUCAUCUGUUUUCAAUCAACCCACAUCUUGGACCGCUGCAAAUAUCUCUUGGUCGAAUGGUCAUCGACAUUGUAAAGUUUUUCUUCAUUUAUACGUUGGUACUUUUUGCAUUUGCCUGUGGACUUAAUCAAUUAUUGUGGUAUUUUUCGGACUUGGAGAAACAGAAAUGUUACCAUUUGCCAAAUGGAGAACCUGAUUUCGAGAAUGCUGGAGACGCAUGCAUGAAAUGGAGACGAUUUGCGAACGUUUUUGAAUCCUCCCAAUCCCUCUUUUGGGCUUCCUUUGGAAUGAUAGAUUUGGAUAGUUUUGAGCUUACUGGAAUUAAAACCUACACUCGAUUCUGGGGACUGUUGAUGUUUGGAUCUUAUUGCGUUAUCAAUGUAAUCGUCCUGCUAAAUCUACUCAUUGCCAUGAUGUCCAAUUCAUAUGCCAUGAUUGAAGAGCACUCAGAUACAGAAUGGAAAUUUGCUAGAACCAAACUAUGGAUGAGUUAUUUCGAGCAAUCUGGAACACUUCCGCCCCCGUUUAAUAUUUUCCCGAAACCAAAGAACAUUUUCAAAUUGUUAGGAAUACGAAAGAAGGACAAAUUGAAGAGAAUGUCAACAAAGAGGCGAAAUCGUGAAGAAAAGGAGCGAGAUUACAGAUAUACCGCAGUUAUGAGAGCUUUAGUCUGGAGAUAUGUAUCUGCAAUGCAUAGAAAAUGUGAUGAAAAUGAAGUCACUGAAGACGAUGUUAACGAACUGAAAAGUGAUAUUUCUUCUUUCCGCUAUGAAUUAAUGGAAUUACUGAGCAAGAAUGGCAUGGACGUUUCAUCAGCAGAACGAAAAGAAAAAGCCAUAUUGGGAAAGAAAAUGAAGAUAUGGGAGAGGAGGCUAAUGAAAGAUUUUAAAGUAGCUCCAGUGUCUCUUGACGAAGAUGAAGGGUUAUUUUCUCUUCCUCCAGAGGGAGAAACAUCUUUGGCCAAAUUUAGAAGAAUCGCAAAAAUGGCAGCUCAGAAUUCUAGUUUGAAUAAGUGGCAUCAAGUAGUCAGAGGAGCAUGUAUUGCAUCGCAAAUUGGUAGAUGCCAUCGCAGAGACUCCUUUAAGAAACAACAAAACUUGCAGAAAGCUAUGGAAGAAGCGAAACAAUUAGCGGUAAAAACUCCAGAUAUAUCGAGAUCAAACUCGUCGCUUGCGUUGCCCGAUUAUACAGGCGAAGACAUUGUUAAGCUGAUUAAAGAUGAAGGGUCCCCAUUUCCUGAAUUUAAAAACGUGCUGAGAAUGAGUCCUAAUGUGAAAAGGGCUGAAGCAACAUUAUUUUCGCCAAAUAUCACUGUUAUACCACCUCAGCUGACAAGUUUAAAGCCAGCUGAAGGUCAGCCAAGUCUACCACUGAAUGAAGUAGCGGAUUUGAUUUACUUGGAGAGUGCUCAGAAUUCUCCUGCAUAUAAUGCGAAAUCUACCAAAGAUAACAGUCCCAGCCAAUCUGUUAAGCAGUUACAAACCCAGGAAAUACUUAAGUUGGAUUCUACUACUGCCACAGAUCAUACUUUAUCAGAAAAUAAUUCACAAUCUUGCAUUGAUGCUUCGCACGUUCAGCCUGCAUCACUUUCGAAAGCUCAAAUGAAUGAAGAAUCACUUGAGGGUAGCACAGCUAAUUUUGCUUCAGAAGACUCUGAAAUUAAAGAGUGUUGCGAAGAACUAAAUAAAAUAAUUUGUCAAGAUGGGGACACGAAAGCUGACAAUCCAAAUUAUAAAGAAAAGUCUCCAAUUGAUGAUGAAAAGGACGAAAUAUUUGAAGAAGCACUAUCCAACUUAGAGCAAAGUACAUCGGCUAUAGGUUUGAGCGAUGGCAAUUUAAAGAUAUCUGAAAACAAAACGACUAUGGAAGACUCAUGGAAGAUUUCAAGACCUACGACACCUCAAUCUCUAAAUCUACCAUCAAUAUCAGCAUCAAGACCUGUAAGUCCAAUGGCCCAGAGAAACAUUCAAAGAGUUCAUAUGUCUCCUGCAAGUGUAAGACAGCCUAAAUAUGGAUGGCUUUAAAUACUCAUACACAAAUAUGUGUGAGAACCAGCUGAAUAACUCGCGUAAAAUGCAUCUUAGUCAUUAUGAUAAUUAAGGAAUAAUAAUUAUUUUAAAUACUAUAUUUGUACUGUAGCAGGUAGCAGGAAAAUUAUAUUUAUAUGGAAUAUUUGAGAUAUAGAAGGUUUGCUGCAGAAAAACGCAAAAAUCUAACAAACACUAUUAAUAUGUCAGAUCUUAUGUACAGUAUAAAACACUGUAUACUUGGAGGUGGAAAUUAAAUGUACACUGUGACUAAUAA